UUCUCUUCUGUUGUUUACGGUAACUGAGUGCGAGUGCGUGUGGCUUGUGUUGGUUUUGUGAUUGUCACAACUGUAGCACGCGAGCGUACUGCAUUCAAGGCAGCAGCAGCAAACAACAGAUUGUCUGCGAUAUAAGAUCUCUGUAGAUGCAUGUUGGAAUGUGUAUCUGAGUAUUUACCGGAAGACGCUGGACCAUAUGUUCAGAGAGUGGGAUUUUAAAUUCUGCGUCCAACUCUAUUGACUAGAAUCCCUCUGACAGCUCAUUGAAGUGCCUGCUUUCCUCUGCUGCCAUGACCUCCACACCACCACCUCUUAUGAAGAAGCACAGUCAGACUGAUCUUGUGAGUCGCCUCAAGUCCCGCAAGGUUCUGGGUGUCGGCGGGGAGGAUGAUGACGGAGAGGUGCACAGAUCAAAGAUCAGUCAGAUGUUGGGUAAUGAGAUGAAGUUUGCUGUACGUGAGCCCACUGGUCUCCGGAUUUGGCUCCUCAUCUCUGCAGUGCUGUUCACAUCGACAUCCUUAAUGGCCCUGGCUUUCCCCAACCAGCUCUAUGAGAUAAUAUUUGAGCUCACCACCACCAGGAUCUCCAUCAGGCUCUUCGGCGGAGCCCUUCUAUGUAUCUCAUUAAUCAUGUGGAAUGGCUUGUACACAGCGGAAAAGGUCAUCAUUCAAUGGACGCUACUUACAGAAGCGUGUUACUUUGGGGUACAAUUUCUAGUGACAUCCAUCACUCUCUUGGAGAUGGGCACAAUGUGCAACGGUGCAAUCAUUCUUCUUGUUAGUGAAGCCUUCUUCCUCUCCAUCACCUUGAGUUACUAUCAUCACCUUGGCCGGCGAACCAAAAAGAUGUGAGGGAGGCCAGCUACCAUGUGUUCAC